UCCCUGGGGAAGGUAUAUAAAGGAUAUGCACAUUACCAUUCUUCAGUUCAUAUCUCAAGAUUGUUCUAGAUUUCACCGCAAGGUUUCCAAGUUUGUUCCGCAAGGUUUCAUCCAAGUUUGUUCUGCAAAGUUCGACCUACUCUCUCACUCAGUUCUCUGAUUCGUUACCAGCUAUAUCUCAUCAAUUCAACCAGCUCUAUCUAUCUCAACUCAACCCGACUCAUCACUCACCACUCACUCACCACUCGAUCUACUGCGUCCUGAUGGCGGCUCGGCGAGGGGCUGUGUUGCCACCACCACUGUGUCUGCCACGGCAGCAGUUGACAUACGACCGCCACAACAACCCAAUUCUCACCAAGAAGAUGGUAGUGGCUGUCCUGCAGUGUUCCAAGCGCCGUCAGAUUAAUGCUAAACUGUACUGUCUGCAGUGUUACAUGAAUGCGGCAGGACGAGUUAACAUGGUGUUCUCUUGGAAGGGGGAGGACGUCCCUGUAUGGGAUUACAAGGAUCACUGCGCCCGAGAAGCUUCUCGGUACAUGAAGCAUAUUCAAGACGACCAUCGCCCACUUCGCCCCAAUCCACUGAACGUGAAGUUCCUCGCCUGGCAACUGCGGGACUUAGGUUUCUGUCGGUGGAACAGGAAUCGGGUAUUCCCUCUUAUUCCCCCCAUUCCUCCCAUCGGCCCAGUUAUUGGUGCUGUAGGUCCACCAGGGGUACCAGGGGUACAGGGCAUACAAGGCUUACCAGGGGCGCAAGGCUUACCAGGGGCGCAAGGUUUACCUGGGGCACAAGGCAUACCUGGGGCGCAAGGCUUACCAGGGGCGCAGGGCUUACCAGGGGCGCAGGGUUUACAAGGCCCACCCGGGGCAAGGGGUAUCCAAGGUCCACCUGGAGCCGGAGGUGGAGGAGGUUCAGGAGGAGGAGGAGGACGGGGUCCACCGGGCCCCCCAGGUGAUGACGGGGCACGUGGUCCCAGAGGCGCUCCAGGAAUACCUGGAGUGAAUGGAGGGAUGGGACGUGCGUGCACUGUGGCAGGGCCACGAGGCCAAAAAGGGCCACGAGGGUACAACGGUCCCAGAGGUCCGCUAGGGCCUAUGGGGUACACUGGUUUAACCGGGGAUACUGGGGCAACAGGGCCAAUGGGGGCAACAGGAGCAACAGGGCCCCCAGGGACAAGAGGACUCCAAGGGCGAAGAGGACCACCUGGUGCAGAUGGCCCAUAUGGACCAACUGGAGCUACGGGACAAAAAGGUGACAGGGGGAAGCUCGGUGCCAAGGGUGAUAGAGGUCUAGAUGGUCCAAGAGGGAUGAGAGGAGAGAAAGGAGAAGAUGGAGACGGCGAAGAUUCCAAGCAAAAGAUAUAUCUGUUGACUGUGGUGGUGAGGGAGUUAAUGAAGACUCAACCGCUGCCUUUGUCAGAUACCCUGACUAAUGCCUUGGUCGCUCUAGGAGUUAUGGACGACCAGGGAGAUAGGCAGCAAAAACAAACUGCCCCUCUCCGUCGAUCCGUGGUGUCGGGAUCCUACCCACCUCGGUCGGCGGGUGGGGGUACAAGUCGGGAUGGAGGUGGUGUUAGCGGGGGCAGUGGGACUAGUGGUGGUGGGACUAGUGGUGGUGGGACUAGUGGCGGUGGGACUGGUGGGACUGGUGGUGGUGGGACUAGUGGCAGUGGGACU